UUAAUGAAACACAUGAGAAUUAUGUGAAAAAUAAAGGUCUGGAAAUGCGUCGCAAAUGCAUCUGUCUGCUUGAGGUGUGUGCCAUCAUAAGCCUUCUGCCUUCAGGCUCUUUAGCAGAUUUGACAUGUGAAGCUCUGCUAAUGCUAUCAGGGAAUGUCUCAUUACAGUCCCUGGCCUCCUCCUGGAACCAAACCCUGAGCAAUGCCACAGGUCAGUGGAGCGGCUCGGGAAUCUACUGUGACACCUCCAUCGAUGGCAUUGGCACCUGCUGGCCCAGGAGCAGUGCUGGCCAGAUGGUGUCACGACCCUGUCCAGAGAUGUUCUACGGUGUCAGAUACAACACCACCAAUAACGUUUAUAGAAAAUGUCUCGCAAAUGGGACAUGGGCGUUGAAGGGGAACUACUCCAUGUGUAAGGCCAUACUUCACGAGGAGAAAAAAGGCAAGAUGCACUACCAAAUAGCUGUGAUUAUAAACUUCCUGGGUCACUGCAUCUCAAUGGUGGCUCUGCUCAUAGCCUUCUUCCUCUUCUUGUGUUUGAGGAGCAUCCGCUGCCUGAGAAACAUCAUCCACUGGAACCUCAUCACCGCCUUCAUCCUGAGGAACGCCACCUGGUUCAUCGUCCAGCUGACCAUGAGCCCCGAGGUGCACGAGAGCAAUGUGAUUUGGUGUCGUCUGGUCACCGCCUCCUUCAACUAUUUCCACUCCACCAACUUCUUUUGGAUGUUUGGCGAAGGCUGCUACCUCCACACCGCCAUCGUCCUCACCUACUCCACCGACAAGCUGCGCAAGUGGAUGUUCAUCUGCAUCGGCUGGUGUAUACCAUUCCCUAUAAUUGUGGCCUGGGCCAUUGGGAAGCUGUAUUACGACAAUGAGAAGUGCUGGUUUGGGAAGCGAGCUGGAGUAUACACAGACUACAUCUACCAAGGUCCCAUGAUUCUUGUGUUAGUGAUCAAUUUUAUUUUCCUCUUCAACAUUGUGAGAAUCCUCAUGACCAAACUGCGAGCCUCUACCACAUCGGAGACAAUCCAAUACAGGAAAGCGGUGAAGGCUACACUGGUACUUCUUCCUCUCCUGGGAAUCACCUAUAUGCUGUUCUUUGUGAACCCGGGGGAAGAUGAGAUCUCUCAAAUUGUCUUCAUAUAUUUCAACUCAUUUUUGGAAUCCUUCCAGGGCUUCUUUGUGUCAGUGUUUUACUGCUUCCUAAACAGUGAGGUGCGUUCAGCUGUAAGAAAGCGGUUCCAUCGAUGGCAGGAGCAGCACUCCAUCCGAGCCAGGAUGACCCAGGCUAUGUCCAUCCCCACUUCACCCUCGCGGGUCAGCUUUCACAGCAUCAAGCAGUCCACAUCGCUAUGAGAGAGGAAACCAGCUUUGUCCUAGACAUGUGCUUUGGGAGAAACCUCCAGCUGUCGUUGUCAUCAUUUUCUGCCACAUCACUGGAGUACACUAAAACACUUUCUGAGCUGGGGCAAGGCUAGAGAGAGCAAGAGAGAAAGAGACUGCAUCAGUCUCCUAAACCUCAAGAGGGACAUUAUACAGACUUUCAGGAGAAAAUAGAUGGGGACAGGGAUAGAGGACACUGCAGACUUUUUGAGAUGAGAGGUUAGUGGAUCAAAAGAUGCAUGUGACCAAGCUAAGUUUGGAUCUGGAAUUUGGGUGUGAAUGUACAGCACUCCAUUUUCUUUCAUUGUUUGCUUGCCAUAGACAUUUUCUGUUAUAUUCCUGCUUGCACACUUUUUCUUUUGCUUUCUAACACGUGAGGGAACUUGGAGCUUGUGCCGCUGGACUGCACUGAACUGGAUCCCAUCCCAGCGGACGCUGGACUCAAAUGCUACUGGGGCAAAGAUUAAGUGAUUUUAUUUUCUUUUUUUAUUAUUAUUAUUAUCAUUAUUAUUAUUAUUAUUUUAUUUUGCUGUCACAAAGAUUAUUGUCUGGUCGUUGUGUUUGUUAAUUUGGUGUUGUGCUACUUUUCUCUGUCCUCUAUCAGCUUGGUGCAGUCGUGCUGCUUUCGUUAACUUUCCAGAAAGGUUUAACACAUUCCAUACUUUCUACCUGAAGAGUUUUGUUCCAAAAUAAUAUUCCCACCAUGACAUAAAUGUAUGGCAAACACCGCUAUCAAUUAAGUCAAGCCGAUAAUGGGUUAGUAGUGACAUUUCAAGUCAUUCGCUUUCAUUUUGAGAGUUGGAUGAAAAAAUCAAUAUCACUCUCAUGUCUGUGCAUUAAGUAAGGAGCUAGAGCCAGGAGACAAUCAACAUAGUUUAGCAUAAGGACUGGAGGCAGUGGGCAACAGCUAACUCGGCUACCUAUGAUGUUCAAAAAUACACAUAUGAAAUACUUACAGCAUGUAACUCUCCCUAAAAUCCCAAAUUGUCAAUUUUCCAGUUUAUGUACAGAUUAAACAAACAAGAUAUAACGUGUUAAUUAGUGAGUAAGAUAGGGUUUUUAUUAGGUGUAAAGGCUCAUUUUCUUCUCCCAGACAAAAACCAAAUUAGCAUAUUUCCCAAAAUGUUGAAAUAUUCCUCUGUGGUUAUAAUCUUUUUUUUUCACAUACUGCCUAAUUUGAGCAACUACUGUAUCUAAACUUAAUAUGUAGCUUGACAAAAUAAUCUUAAAGGUGCAACGUGUAGAAUUUAGUGGCAUCUAGCAGAAGA